AUGAACGAAGAUCUAUUCACCCCAUUCACUACCCCCACAGUCCUAGGCCUCCCCGCUGCAAUUCUAGUCAUCUUAUUUCCCCCCUUACUAGUCCCUACCUCCAAACAUUUCAUCAACAACCGUCUAAUUACCACCCAGCAAUGACUAAUCCGACUCACCCUAAAACAAAUAAUAAUCACCCAUAACACUAAAGGACGAACUUGAUCCCUAAUACUAACAUCCCUAAUCAUUUUUAUCGCCUCAACCAACCUCCUCGGACUCUUCCCCUACUCAUUUACACCAACUACCCAGCUAUCCAUAAACUUAGCUAUAGCAAUCCCCCUAUGAGCAAGCACGGUAGCCAUGGGCCUACGCUUCAAGGCCAAAAUUAGCCUAGCUCACCUCUUGCCACAAGGUACCCCCACACCCCUCAUCCCCAUACUAAUUAUUAUUGAAACCAUUAGUCUUUUUAUUCAACCGCUAGCCUUAGCCGUACGCCUAACCGCCAACAUCACUGCAGGCCACCUGCUCAUGCACCUAAUUGGAAGCGCCACACUAACAAUACUAACCAUUAAUCUCCCCCUGACCCUCAUUACCCUUACAAUCCUAACCCUGUUAACGAUCCUAGAAAUUGCCGUUGCCCUAAUUCAAGCCUACGUCUUCACACUUCUAGUAAGCCUCUACUUACACGACAAUUCAUAA